AUGCUGAGUGCGGCUGUGAUUCCUGAGCUGAGUGAUGCUGUGAUACCUGAGCUGAGUGCGGCUGUGAUUCCUGAGCUGAGUGAUGCUGUGAUACCUGAGCUGAGUGCGGCUGUGAUUCCUGAGCUGAGUGAUGCUGUGAUACCUGAGCUGAGUGCGGCUGUGAUUCCUGAGCUGAGUGAUGCUGUGAUACCUGAGCUGAGUGCGGCUGUGAUUCCUGAGCUGAGUGCGGUUGUGAUUACGGAGCUGAGUGCGGUUGUGAUUACGGAGCUGAAUGCGGUUGUGAUUACGGAGCUGAGUGCGGUUGUGAUUACGGAGCUGAGUGCGGUUGUGAUUACGGAGCUGAGUGAUGCUGUGAUUCCUGAGCUGAGUGUUGCUGUGAUUUCUGAGCUGAGUGAUGCUGUGAUACCUGAGCUGAGUGUUGCUGUGAUACCUGAGCUGAGUGUUGCUGUGAUACCUGAGCUGAGUGAUGCUGUGAUACCUGAGCUGAGUGAUGCUGUGAUACCUGCUCUCGGCACUGGAACGUUCUAA